CGUGUAACCAGUUCAUGAAGCUAAGUCUGUACCAUACCUGACAGGCUGAUGGCUCCGUCCUCUCUCCGUUCGAUGUCGAUGACUCUCUCUCUCUCUCCCCACCCCCUCUACACUGACGAACCAGUCGAAAACCUAAACCUAGUAUAAACUUCCGACGGACCUCAGCCAAAGCCUUCGAAAUGGCUUUCAUGGCUGUUCUGGAGUCGGAUCUACGGUCUCUCUCGGCCGAAGCUCGACGCAGGUACCCCGCUGUUAAGGACGGGGCAGAGCACGCAAUCUUGAAGCUUCGUUCCCUGUCGAUUCCUAGUGAAAUUGCUCAUAAUGAGGACAUACUUCGAAUCUUUCUGAUGGCUUGCGAGGUUAAGUCAGUCAAGUUGAGUGUUAUUGGGCUUUCUAGUUUGCAGAAGCUUAUUUCUCAUGACGCCGUUGCUCCUUCAGCUUUGAAAGAGAUACUUUCUACACUAAAAGAUCAUGCUGAAAUGGCAGAUGAGGUUGUUCAACUUAAGACGCUGCAGACUAUACUAAUAAUAUUUCAGUCCCGGCUACAUCCUGAAAACGAGGAAAACAUGUCCCAAGCACUGGGCAUCUCUCUCCGGCUUCUUGAAAGCAGUCGAUCCUCUGAUAGUGUGCGGAACACUGCUGCAGCCACAUUCAGACAAUCGGUAGCCUUAAUUUUUGAUCACAUGGUUUCUGCCGAGUCCCUUCCAGUGGGAAAGUUUGGAUCUGGAGGUCACGUCUCUCGUACUAGUUCUGUUACUGGUGAUGUUAAUCGCAACAUUACCCGCUCAGAGUCAUUGGAAUAUGAAUUUGUAUCUGGAGGGCCACCAGUGAUGAGGGCCACUCUAACAAAUGUUGGAAGGCUUGGGCUUCGUCUGCUUGAAGACCUAACAGCUCUUGCUGCAGGUGGAUCUGCAAUUUGGUUGCGUGUCAGUUCUAUUCAACGGACAUUUGUGCUUGACAUACUUGAGUUCAUUUUGUCAAACUAUGUGGCUGUAUUUAGAACUUUGGUUUCAUAUCAAGAGGUCUUGCGUCAUCAAAUAUGUUCACUUCUCAUGACAUCACUUCGUAUCAAUGCCGAGCUUGAAGGAGAAGCAGGUGAGCCUUCUUACCGUCGCUUGGUCUUGCGAUCAGUUGCCCAUGUUAUCAGACUUUAUAGUUCAUCCCUUAUCACUGAAUGUGAGGUUUUUCUGAGUAUGCUAGUAAAAGUUACUGUUCUAGAUUUGCCUUUGUGGCACCGCAUUCUUGUUCUUGAAAUCUUGAGGGGUUUUUGUGUGGAGGCACGGACACUGCGAAUUCUUUUCCAGAACUUUGACAUGCAUCCCAAAAACACAAAUGUAGUCGAGGGAAUGGUUAAAGCUCUUGCUCAAGUUGUUUCAAAUUUACAGGUUCAAGAAACAAGCGAGGAAAGCCUAGCGGCUGUUGCAGGGAUGUUUAGCAGCAAAGCUAAAGGGAUUGAGUGGAGCUUGGAUAAUGAUGCAUCCAAUGCUGCAGUUGUUGUUGCAAGUGAAGCUCAUGCUAUUACUUUGGCUGUUGAAGGUUUGUUGGGUGUUGUCUUUACAGUGGCUACUUUGACUGAUGAAGCUGUGGAUGUUGGGGAGCUUGAUUCCCCUAGAUGCGACUCUGACCCACCUGUGAAAUGUACCGGGAAACUUGCAGCUCUAUGUAUUGCAAUGGUUGACUCAAUGUGGUUGACAAUACUUGAUGCAUUGUCCCUAAUAUUGACGAGGUCACAAGGAGAGGCCAUUGUAUUGGAGAUAUUAAAAGGAUACCAAGCAUUCACUCAGGCAUGUGGUGUCCUCUAUGCUGUAGAACCGUUAAAUUCUUUUCUAGCCUCCCUUUGCAAAUUUACAAUCAAUAUCCCCAGUGAAGCUGAAAGGAGGAGUAGUGCUUUGCAAUCUCCUGGGUCAAAACGCUCUGAACCAUUGGUUGACCAGAGGGAUAGCAUUGUUCUUACUCCCAAGAAUGUACAGGCCUUGAGGACUCUCUUUAACAUAGCUCAUCGGUUACAUAAUGUCUUGGGCCCUUCCUGGGUUUUGGUAUUGGAAACUCUAGCAGCCCUAGAUCGAGCAAUCCAUUCUCCACAUGCUACAACACAGGAGGUCUCCACAGCUGUGCUGAAGCUUACAAGGGAAUCAUCUGGCCAAUAUAGUGACUUCAAUAUCCUCUCUUCUUUGAAUUCUCAGCUGUUUGAGAGCUCAGCUUUGAUGCACAUAUCUGCAGUAAAAUCACUUCUGUCUGCUCUGCACCAGUUGUCACAUCAGUGUUUGCCUGGAACUUCAAAUGGUUUUGGACAGGCAUCAAGUCAAAAGAUUGGAAGCAUUAGCUUUUCAGUGGAAAGAAUGAUAUCCAUCCUUGUCAAUAAUCUUCACAGAGUCGAACCAUUGUGGGAUCAAGUUGUUGGUCAUUUCCUUGAGCUUGCCGAUAAUUCUAAUCAGCAGUUACGAAUUAUGGCACUUGAUGCAUUAGAUCAAUCAAUUUGUGCUGUUCUUGGUUUGGAUCAGUUUCAGAGGCAUGCAUCAUCGACACUUCAUGGCACACCUCACGAGGGUACUAUGGAUACGGAGCUGAGAUCACUUGAAUGUGCUGUCAUAUCUCCUUUACGAGUCCUCUAUUUUACUAUUCAGAAUAGUGAUGUUCGCACUGGAGCUCUGAAAAUUCUACUACAUGUUUUAGAGAGGCAUGGGGACAAGUUGCAUUACAGCUGGCCAGAUAUUCUUGAAAUGCUAAGGUCUGUUGCUGAUGCAUCAGAAAAGGAACUCAUCACACUGGGAUUCCAGAGCCUGCGUGUCAUUAUGAAUGAUGGGCUUUCCACUAUUCCCUCUGACUGCCUUCAUGUAUGUAUAGAAGUUACUGGAGCAUACAGUGCUCAAAAGACUGAAUUGAAUAUAAGCUUGACAGCAAUUGGCCUUUUAUGGACUACCACUGAUUUUAUUGCAAAGGGACUUAUCCAUGAGCAUGCAGUAGAAAAGGAAAUAGCAGGAGUGGUUGAUGUGAUUUCUGUCCGUAAGCAGCUGGAUGGUGAAAAUAGGAAUGCACAGAAUCAGAACUUCUCUGAUGAGGUUAAUGACCAAGCUCCCUUGAUGAAUAUAGUUGACCGAGACAAGCUUCUUUUUUCUGUCUUCUCUUUACUGCAAAAACUUGGAUCUGAUGAAAGACCUGAGGUGAGAAAUUCAGCUGUCCGAACACUUUUCCAGACUCUUGGCAGUCAUGGCCAAAAGCUUUCAAAGAGCAUGUGGGAGGAUUGUCUUUGGAAUUAUGUUUUCCCUACUUUGGAUCGUGCUUCUCAUAUGGCCGCAACUUCAUCAAAAGAUGAAUGGCAAGGGAAAGAACUUGGGACACGAGGAGGAAAAGCAGUUCACAUGCUCAUACAUCAUAGUCGCAACACAAUUCAGAAACAGUGGGAUGAGACCCUUGUACUUGUUCUCAGUGGAAUCUCACGUAUUUUGCGUUUGUUCUUUCCCUUUCUUAGGAGUUUAAACAAUUUCUGGUCUGGAUGGGAAUCCUUGCUACAUUUUGUUGAGAAUAGCAUUUUAAAUGGUAGUAAAGAGGUUGCUCUUGCAGCAUUGAAUUGUUUGCAGACUACAGUGAUUUCUCAUUCUUCGAAGGGAAACUUGCCACUGCCUUACCUCAAAUCUGUGCUUGAUAUUUAUGAGCUUGUUCUUCAGAAGUCAACGAACUACAGUGGUAAUGCAGCUAGCAGGGUGAAGCAAGAGAUAUUACAUAGUCUUGGAGAACUCUAUCUGCAAGCGCAAAGAAUGUUUGAUGUUAGCAUGUACAAUCGAUUGCUUGCAAUCAUGCAUGUGGCAGUCAGACAAGCAGUGGCUAAUGACAACACUGAAGCUGAUAUUGGAAAUAUUUCACCUUUGCAACGUACAGUGCUGGAAAUCUUACGGCAGCUACGUCCAACAGAUUAUCUGUCUUCAAUGUGGUUCCCUUUUCUGCAGGAGCUUUUAAAAUAUCUUCCAAGAUCUGAUUCUUCACAAAAUGAUGAUAAUGAGCCUGAGCAAAUCAGCAGUAAAGAGACUAGUCCAGGUUCACAUGAGAUGGUAAAUUAUGAAAUUCCUAAUGGUAUUGCUUCCAUAUUCUCAGACAAAUCGCUGAGUUCUGAGGCUGUAGCAACUGUGCCAGGUGGCAGUUCAACUCAUGUUUUUGCUGAGAAGCUUGUUCCUGUUCUUGUUGAACUUUUUAUUGAAGCCCCAGCUGUUGAAAAAAAUAAUUUAUUCCCUGAAAUUGUUCAAGGUCUUGGAAGGUGUAUGACAAUGAGAAGAGACAGUCCAGAUAGUGCACUUUGGAGAAUAGCUGUUGAAGGCUUCAAUUGUAUUAUUGUUGAUGAUAUUAGAAGAAUAGCUCUUACUGGACCAGAUCCAAGUAUUAGCAAACCUGCAAGAUUACGUGUCUGGAAAGAAAUUGCAGAUAUUUAUGAAAUAUUCCUUGUGGGUUAUUGUGGACGCGCUCUUCCUUCCAAUUCUAUUUCUGCAGUGGCACUCAAAGCCGAUGAGUCUCUUGAGUUGGACAUUUUAAACAUUCUUGGGGAUAAAAUUCUCAAGGCAAACAUUGAUGCACCUGUUGAUAUUCUACAACGGCUUGUUCUGACCUUGGAUCGUUGUGCGUCCCGUACAUGCUCUUUGCCCAUUGAAACUGUGGAACUUAUGCCUUCACAUUGCAGCAGAUUCUCGCUGACUUGCUUGCAAAAGUUAUUUUCCCUGAGCAGUUACAGCAAUGAAGCCAGUGAUUGGAACUCAACAAGAUCUGAAGUUAGCAAAAUAUCAAUCAUGGUGCUUAUGACUAGAUGCGAGUAUAUAUUGAGCAGAUAUCUGAUUGAUGAGAAUGACUUAGGUGAACGUCCAUUACCAACACCGAGGCUUGAAGAAAUUAUAUAUGUUCUUCAGGAACUUGCUCGUCUAGUGAUUCAUUCAGACACAGCAGCCAUCCUUCCUCUUCAUCCAUAUUUGAAGGUUGGCCUCUCAGAGUAUGAAAAUCAGGACAGGCGUACCCAUUUACUUGUUCUAUAUCCAUCCUUCUGUGAGCUCGUCAUUUCAAGGGAAGCUAGAGUUAGGGAACUAGUGCAAGUAUUGCUCAGGCUCAUUUCCGCAGAAUUGGCCCUCCAAAAGGUUAACAUGGCAAGUUGACAGGGAAGAUGCAAUUUGACAAAGCCAGAUUUGGUGUUUAAUUUACCACUUUUUUUUAUACGAGGUUUAGCUGAUGAAUUCAGCCAUAAUUUUUGGUUUGUACAUUAUAGAAAGCUGAGUGGUUGCUGUUUUUGAGAGGCAAUCAUUUUUUGUAGUCGUGAGGUUUUAUUUGUUGUUACCACUGCCAGUGGUGCAAAAAUGUAUAUACAUUCUAUCAUUUUCAUAUGACGGAGUUAUGGAACCUUUUUUAAUUCUCA